UGUUGCAGUUCUAAAUACGUUCGGUUUGGUUUGGUUGAUUGUUAAACGUGUCGUUGUGGCGCCAAUGCAUGUUGACUAUCGUUUAUCGAUACACCGCGUACACGGCAACCGUGUGUGUCCACACACAAAUCCGUUAACCAACACUGACUGCAGCAGAACACGGCAGACGGCAAAAACAACAACAACAACGACAACAACAACAUCGUGUUCCUGUGUGUGUGUCCGUGUGAGAUUGGAAGACAAUGGCUGCAGCUGCGGAUCUGGUUGUUCCUACCCUUGCCAUUCGCUCUAGCGUGGCCGUGGAAUUGUGGUCCUCGGCGGGCUCCAAGCAGCCCUUCGAGCACAAGCCCCACCUGCCCCGCGAGGAGACGAAGAGCUCGCGCUCGAUCUGCUUCAGCUCCGACGGCCGGUACUUUGCCUUCUCCAACGGCCAGGAGGUCAAGGUGCUGCAGGCAAGCCAGGACAGCGCCGCCAGCUGGCCGGUCAAGUGUGUCCUGCCCAGGCCCAAGGCCUUCUACCUCCAGUUCUCGCCACGUGGCAGCUACCUGUGCACCUGGGAGCACUAUGCCAUCACCAAGGACCGGCCGGAGGGCUCGCCCAAUCUGCUCGUCUACGAGGUGGCCACCGGCGCCGAGGUGUUCGCCAUCGUUCAAAAGAACCAGACGGACUGGCAGCCCUCCUGGUCGGCGGACGAGUCCAUCUUCGCCCUGGUCGUCGGAGGCGAGGCACUCUUCUAUGACCUCGGCGAGGGCACCGACAAGGGGUUCGCCACCACGUCGCGCAAGAUCGGCGGCAGUCGCGGCGGAAUGCUGUCGCUGGGCCCCGGCAACUGUCCGCCCUUUCUGGCCUUCUACACGCCGGGCGCCAAGGGGGCGCCCUCCAUGUGCAAGCUGUACAAAUACCCGGCACUCGGUCAGAACCAGACCGUCGCCUGCAAGAGCUUCUUCCAAGCGGACCGCGUCGAGAUGCUGUGGAACAAGCGCGGCAGCGGACUGCUGCUCCUGACCAGCACGGAGGUGGACAAGAGCGGUGCCUCCUACUAUGGCAACCAGGCGGUGCACUUCAUGGCCACCAAGGGCGACACCUGCUCCGUGCCGCUCUCCAAGGAGGGUCCGGUGCACUGCGUCAAGUGGAGUCCCAAGGCAACUGAGUUUGUGGUCGUCUACGGCUUCAUGCCCUCCAAGGCGGCCCUCUACAACCUCAAGUGCGAUGUGGUCUUCGACUUUGGCGAGGGACCGCGCAACUGCGCCUAUUUCAAUCCGUUCGGCAAUCUCAUUGUGCUCGCCGGCUUCGGCAAUCUGCCCGGUGCCGUUGAGGUGUGGGAUGUGUCCAAACGCGAGAGGCUGGCGAACCUCAAGUGCGCCGACACCACGGUCUUUGAGUGGCAUCCCAACGGCGAGUGGUUCGUCACGGCCACCACGGCGCCCAGGCUUCGCAUCAGCAAUGGGUUCAAGGUGUACCACUAUUCGGGCGCCCUGCUGCACGAGACCAUGUGGCCGCAGGGCCAGGAGCUACUGGGCAUCGAGUGGCAGCAGUUCGCGGACAAGACGUUCAGCGAGCCCAAGAUCACCAAGGCCAAGCACGAGGGCAUCAAGUCCAGCCAACCGGAGGCCAGCAAGAAGGCCUACACACCGCCCCAUCUGCGGCUGCUGAAGGAGGGCAAGAAUCCGGAAAAGUAUCUGCCCCAGCCGAGUGUUCCCGGACUGGCGCCGGCAGCAGCAGCAGCAGGUGGUGCCAAUGGAAAUGGAAACAAGAGGAACAACAACAACAACAAGAAUAAGCCCCGGAGCGCUAGGAAGGAUGUCAUUGUUGUAAACGGCGGCGAUGCGGAUUGUGCCGCGGCCGAGGUCGCCGAUUCAGCUGCUCCAGCUGCUCCGACUGCUGUGUCUGUGGCCGGAGACGAGCCGAGGCAGCAGGCCACUCCCAGACAGAAACACCAGCAGGAUAACGCGGCCGAUCAGCACCAGAAUCCGCAGGGAGAGGGCCAAGGCCAGGCCAAUGGCCAGAACAUCAGCGAGAAGGACCGCAAGAUACGCAGCGUUGCCAAGAAGCUGUCGGACAUCAAGAAGCUAAAGGUGCGCCGUAGUCAGGGCGAGACCUUGGAGCUGAACCAAUUGAACAAGAUUAAGAUGGAAGCACGGUACCUGGACGAGCUCAAGGCUCUCAAGUUGUCGGCCUAAGGGAGACGAUGAUGGCGACAACGACAACGACGACGGCGGCGAAGAAGGACGAAGAAGCGAGGAGUAAAUUGCUCUUGUGAUUGUGAUACACCACCUACUCUCAGCUCCACUCCGUGUUCACCUCCAGUCCGUCCCCCUUCCUGCUGUUUAACGCUCACUUUGCGGCCCCCAUUUUGCCGCAAUAAGUUUCUAGUUAAAAAAAAAAAAAAACAUUUUUCUACUAUUGUGAUUUCUAAAACUAUUUUUUGGCAAAAAAAAGCACACAGUAACUCCCCAAACAAAACAAAUUUAUGUACCAAAUUGUGCUACCGAGUAAAUAAAGAUGUUUCCACCAAGAUCGCUCUUCCGCCGGGUGGACUUACUGCUCCCAA